AUGAGAUGGGUAUUACUGCUUCAAGAUUUUGACCUCAAGAUUGUGGAUCGGAAAGGGUGUGAAAACCAAGUGACGGACCACUUGUCCCGCUUGGAGGAGGAGGGGAGGCUUUGUGAUGGACUCAAAAUUAAUGAUUCAUUCCCUGAUGAGAAACUCCUCUCUAAAUCUGUGAAUAUCAUUCCUUGGUUCACAAAUGUUGUCAACUUUCUUGUGACCGGUAUUGUUUCAUGUGAGCUCUAUUCUAACCAAAGGAAGAAGGUUAAAUGGGAUGUCUUGGACUACUACUGGAAUGAGCCCUACUUAUUCAAAAUUUGUAAUGAUGAUGUGAUCCUGAGAUGGGUUCCGGAAGAGGAGAAAAUGAGUAUUGUGGAUGCUUGUCAUUCCUCUCCCUAUGGUGGUCAUCAUGGUAGGGCGAGGACAACUUCAAAGUGGGUUGAGGCCGUGGCUUUACCUAACAAUGAGUCCCAGAGUGUUCUGGCUUUUCUCAAGAAGAAUAUCUUUACUCGGUUUGGCACUCCUAGAGAAAUCAUCAGUAAUGGGGAAUCUCAUUUUUGCAAUAAAGCAUUUGACACUUUCCUUGCAAAUGCAGGACUAAGCUGGAAAAAUUUGACACUCUCUGAAGAUUGGACCGUUGCCGCACUCCAUUUUUCGCAGUCCGCGGUGGCAUUAUCGCUGAGGCGAGAUUUGAUCAUGGUCAGCGGUGCUAAAAAGUUCAAAAUGGAUGUUCUCUAA